CUUGGACGCUCAGACACAUGGGCGCAGGGGCCUUGCCUGUACUGGCCCCCUCCCCUCCUCUCCUCUCCUGUCUAGAACCACCUGCCCCACUUCUCCUGGCUCCAGGCCUCCUUAGCCUUGGGGCCUGGGUUGUCUGAGGGACCCAGGAGUCAGCCUUCCAUACCCAUAACAGGUCCAGCUCCAGCCCUGGGCUCAGCAUGGCGAAGGACUUUCAAGACAUCCAGCAGCUGGACUCUGAGGAAAACGACCACCAGCUCAGCCAGAGCGAGGGGCCAGGCACUCAUGGGCACAAUCACAGGGCAGAAGAUGCAUUUUGGAAUGGGAUGCCUCCUCCCCAGCCCCUUCUGCUGCAGCGUCUCUGCUCCAAGUUCUGGCUCAGCCUGCUCAUCCUGGGCUUCAACGUCCUGCUGCUGGUGGCCAUCUGUGUGAUUGGGUCCCAAAGAGCACAGCUGCAAAUGGAGUUUCGGACCCUAAAAGAAGAUUUCAGCAAUUUCUCCGCCAGCACCAUGAUGGAGAUCUGGACUCUUAGCUCCCAUGGAGGCAGCACAGGUGACAAGGUGACAUCUAUGGAAGCCAAGCUGGAGAAACAGCAGCAGGACCUGAAAGCAGAUCAUGCCACCUUGCUCUUUCAUCUGAAGCACUUCCCAGUUGAUCUGCGCAUCCUGGCUUGUCAGUUGGCGUUCCUGCGGAGCAACGGCACAGAAUGCUGCCCCAUUAACUGGCUGGAGCACAAAGGGAGCUGCUACUGGUUCUCUCAGUCUGGAUUGACCUGGCCCGAGGCUGAGAAGUACUGCCAGCUGGAGAACGCGCACCUGGUGGUCAUCAACUCCAGAGAGGAGCAGAAAUUCAUUGGACAACACAUGGGCCCCUUUCGUAUCUGGAUAGGUCUCACUGAAAACGAUGGUUCCUGGAAAUGGGUGGAUGGCACAGACUAUAGGUAUAGCUACAAGAACUGGGCUGCCACUCAACCAGAUAACUGGCAGGGCCACGAGGAGGGAGGAAGUGAAGACUGUGUUGAAGUCCAGGUGGAUGGCCGCUGGAAUGACAAUUUCUGCCAGCAGGUGCAACGCUGGGCAUGUGAGAUGAAACGGAACAUUACCAGCUAGGAGCCCCGACCUCCGGCAGAUCUCUACCUGUAUCCCACCCCUCCCCUGCCCCCAGCUUCUCUACUAGGGAUUUCAAAGAAAGGAAGAAUAGUCAGGGGCGUGGGGAGGAGUAGAGGAAAAGAUAGAGGGGGUGGUUUAAGAAUCUCAGACGCUGGGGAGAUUGAGAUCCCGCCAUCUUCCGCUACUCACUGUCAUUAUUAUAAUUUUCAGCCUCCUUAAAGGAGUAGGAAAAGAAGAAGCAAAUACUUGGAAACUC